CAAUUUCAUCAAAUUUACCAUGAGCCAAGCUCAAUCCAGAUUUCUCAAACGAAUCUCAAAAACGCGUGGCAACUUAUACAUCAGAAAACCCAACCUUCAGCAACCAUCUCAAAAGUAGAUCAAUCAACAUUUUCACAAAGUUUUCUCCCAAAGUUUCAACUGGAGUUAUCGACAAUUAAGCAUUAUUUCCCUUUCAAACAAACUCCUCCGUCUACAGUCACAAAGCCUCAAAUAUCCCAAAUCCAUAGCAAACCUCUUCUGUAUUGCUUAAACCAACUUCAACAAUAUCUACACUUUCUCAAACCCAACAUCAAUCAUCUCAAACACAUAAUCCACUGCUCCACUCGCAAGCUCCCCAAUCACAGACAGAAACUUCUCCAAUCCAACACAAAGACCUUCUCAUAAUCCAGCCCUCUAUCUCAAUCACCCAUCCUCCUGACCAAACCUUUAAUCCUUCAAUACUGGACCCUGAGAUUCCUCCUCUACAUCAAGUCAAUAUGUCCGAUCAGAUGCAUCUAAAUACGAGCAGGCAAGGUGAACCAGAUCAAUCAGCUAAAUCCAGAAAUGAGACCAAGCUGACAGAGUGGCUCAAAAGAAAUACCUCCCAAUCACCAAUGACCAGCAAUAAUCCAAGAGUAACCCAGCAGUCACCAUCAUGGCUGCCUGUGUUGGAGAAACAUGACAUCCCCAUCGUGGUGGGAGUGGGCGUCUCUUUGGCCUUCAUCUUUAUCACUGUUACCUUCUAUUCAGUGGUCCAGAAGAAUGAACCAGCACCAACAUGUCGAGCAGAACCAACUAAUGUGUCGUUGACAGCUCAGCGGAAUCUAGGUGUCCCCAUAAGACACACUGAACGUCGAGCUGCAGGACGAACUUACGAAAACAGAGCUUUUGAAGACGAUGACUGUGUGGCUGUGAUUGAGCAGAGCCCCAACACAGCAGACACACAAGCCCGACCUCAAGGACCCAGCUUGGUCAAAGUGCAAAUGGAGCCCACAUUUGAGGAUAUUCUGGAGGACACACCACCCACUCUGGACAACCACUCAGUCUGUGUAGAGACUUACCCUGAGCCUAUUCUUGGCACAAAGAUUGAUCCGUCUCUGGAGGAGGAGAAAGGCUGCAGUAUGUCCCAUCCCAGCAUUCAGCUGCAGUGUGCAGAGGACUGGACCAGUAACAGAGGAGACAACCACAGCCCAUGUCAGGAUGCUUUACCUCCUCCAUCUUCCUUACCCUCUCGUUCAGUUUCCCCCUCUCUAUCGUCCAGACCUGAGGCAGGCCUGCGCUCCUCAUUAACCCUGCAAAGCUUGGAGUCAUGUGGAGCACCCAUCCACCACAGCCUCAGCAUCUCACAUGGAAACCCUCCGCUGCUCCUCUCUCACAACGUCUCCUUGGGCCUCACUACAGUUGCAGUGGAUGUCCAUUUUUACCCAGCAGCCACUGCUUCAAUGGCAGUAGGCACUAGUACACAUAUCAAUUCAGUGUCUAAUUCGACUUCAGUGGCGGCACCCCUGUUUGGUCCAACAUUAGCUAACAGUCAGGAGAAUGACCAAUCAACUGCCAGAUUUUGUAAGUAAGUAGCUAGCUACCGAUAAAAGCAUCAAGAGCUAAACACGACAAACCAUCUCCCUCUGUAACUGAAUAGCUGUAGACAUACUAAGGACAAUGUGCAUCCUAAUGUGCAAAAGCAUCUUUUAAUAAAGCAUCCAGUAAUUUAGGAAAUGCACUCAAAAAUCUAAUUUUGGCAUUUGACUGGUUCACUUAAAAGCACAUUGUAGUGACAAAGUGCUGUUCAACCAAAAAGAUUAAAACUAAGAAUGAUUUAAUAAACUGACCACAUCUUAUAGAAAUAUAAAUACAGUUCAGCCAGCAGAAAUCACACCACUACUAUUAUAUUGCUCUGCUAAUCAUAUGAUCCACAAGCUUAAAAUAAUUUUAUGUAUGCAUGAGUUCAUGAUAAAUCAAUCUACGAGAAGUGAAUAGUGAAAGAAUGACAUGGGGAUUUUUUUUACAUUUAUAAAAGUAAGAGACAUUAAAAAUUAUAAGUAAUAACAUUUUGUUUUCUAUUACACUGUGUUCAAAAAUGGCGGUUGUGUCUGAAGUCAGUUAGCUCAGUGCUGAAGGACUGGGCAGGGGGAAACAGACGGCCUGAUAUCAGUUAAAGUUUACCUAUAAACUUGUCUUAUACAUUAUUUGUCAUCCUGUUAAAUCUGUACAAAAACAGAAAUGUAGAAAUUAGGAUUUGUGGUUUCAGAAGGAAUGUUUCUGUAGAAUAUUUUCUUGCAAAUUUUCCUUUUUUCUUUUCUUCUGAUAACAUAGCGUCUUUACUGCUCAUGUCUUUUCAUCAAGAUAUUUAAUCAAUCUGCAAAACACUCAGUGGUUUUGCAGAUUGAACAUUUUACUUUUAUUAAUUACUGAGCUUUGGAAGUCCUGGUGAGGUCCUUUUUUACUCUGAACACAGAUAGGCUUGCUGUCUUCAUCUGCAUCCGGUCUUUAUGCUAAGCUAGGAAAAUCAUCUCCUGGUUUAAGACACGAGUGGUAUUGAGCUGAACCUCUAAAAAAGAAAGCAAAUAAAAGUGCAAUGGGGCUGACUGUAAAUUAGCGUCCACAUUUUUUUCUAUGUAUUUCAUAGCUUUAGCACAGCACUUUUUGUGUAACCUUCUGCGAGUACAUUCACUGUGACAUUAUAUAAUAACUGUAGUAACAGGCUGCUACUGUACAAAGCUUCAAGUCUUGGUUUCUACCUGUUGUAUUUUUUACAUUUCUUUAUUUUGAUACUUAAAUAGAAAUAAUCUGUAUCAUCCUGAUUCAUCCUGAUUGUUUUAUUGAUUAUUGGUUAGUACAUUAAUACCUAUUUGUGUUUUAAAGUUUAUAUUCUUUAGUGAAACAGCCAAGGAUAUUUUACUAUGUCACCAAAGUUUGCAUUUUUUGUGUGUUUAGGUAACCUGCUCAUUCUUUUAUAUCAAGCAACCUGACUGUUAUACAUUUUUGAUACUAAAGGAGGCAAAGAGGGGCUGUAUCAAUAAACAAUAAGACAA